CCGCAUUGGCGGCGGCCAGGGUCAGUGUCUCGAUAUUAGACAUUCUUCCUCAGCCUAUAUCAUAUGCGCUGCCGGUACACAAGCUGUGUCAGGAGUCUGCGGAGCGCAUCCUCAAUGAGUUCCACCCACAGCUCAUGGUAGCCAUUGGUGGCGGCGGUUACGUUCCAGCACGCAUCUUGCGAUCUUUCCUCAAGAAGCCUGGAUCCCCCAACAUCCCCAUCCAAGCUAUUGGCCUCUCACUCUACGAAGCCCUCGGCACCGACCCCGUUGAGCAACCCGGCACAAAAGUAACCCGCACACAAUGGCUCGACCUUUCCUCCCUCGAGAUGGCCAACCUGAUCGGCAAGAACAUCCUCAUCGUCGAUGAAGUCGACGACACGCGGACCACCCUCGAGUACGCCGUCCGCGAACUCGAGAAGGACGUCAUCGAGGCUCAGAAGAAGACCGGCCGCGAGGGCGAAAAGACCACCUUCAGCAUCUUUGUGCUCCACAACAAGGACAAGACGAAGAAGGGAAAGCUGCCCGAGGAUAUCGUUCAGGGUCGCUACGAGGCUGCGCGCACGGUCGGCGAUGAGUGGAUUUGCUAUCCUUGGGAGGCCAUGGAUAUCGAUGAGCAUGAUCGUCUUUCCCGCGAGGCCGAGAGCAAGCAGUGA